CUUAAUAAACUAUUUUCGCAGUGGGCAGAUGAUCCAUAUUAUCUAACAAUGUAACAUCGUGCUGCUGCGGGGAGAAACAUCAGGAUGGCCAUAUCUUGAUCUCGACCUUCAGCUGACAGGGGUCUGCAUAUUAUCUCUCCAAUCCAUGACCCUAGUUUCAGCCGCAGCGCAGUCCGUUAUCGCAUAUUGUAGCGAUAUGCUGCGACUACGAAGUCUCGCGUGGCACUUCAUCUCGUUUGAUGUAGUCUCGAGAGGACCAAGGUGUUUCGGGCGGAUCCCCUUUCCUCCCGCAGAUAUCGCCAUUCGCAGCUGUCCUUCUCUUGGCGUAGAGCAAUGGACUUGGGUCUUCCCUAGCUUACAAGCCUACCAAGGUAGUAGUUUGGCGUUCUACUGCAUAUAUGACUUGUCGUGGGCGCCUUUAGCUCCUACAUAGUAGUAUCUUACUGCCCUUGCGCCUGUCAGUUGAGUGAAAUUUAUUUCGCUUAUGGCUUAUUGGUAGAUAGACGGACGAGUGUCAGCCCACAACAUACAGGGCUCGACGGGUACAUAUGGUGUAGACGGUCCCUUUCCUGAGCUGUUGAUCUUUCUAGCUUUCUUUUCGUAGUGGCCGUUUUGCUGUUCACAAGUCUCCGUGACGCGGUUCUCUUUCAAUCAUUACCCCUUUGUGUGUGCCACGAUGGAGCAACCGCAGUCGAAGUACUCGAACCAACGAGUUCCUGGAAAGGAGCACAUUCCCCUUUACCCUAAAGGAUUCGUUGCCAUCCGCAUUAUUCAGCUAAUUUUCAGCAUUAUAAUUUUGGGGUUAAGCGCUUUCGGCAUCGUCUUUCUCGUUUUUGCAGGAGAUGCCCUGACGCUUUUUACCUCCAUUGCGACCAUCAUCACUAGUAUCUAUUGUCUCGUCGCACAUUUUGGUCCCGCGAAGGCCUACAACUACUGGGCAAUACUCGGCUUAGAUAUAUUCCUUGUUAUCUUCUGGCUAAUUUCAUUUGCCAUCCUUGCUGCCCAAAUCGCCUCCGCGUUCGCUUAUUACUACUCAUACAGUGACUACUAUGACGACUACUACGACCUGAGCGAUUAUGAUACUGCAGUCAACACGUAUGGCGGUUGCUUGGCUGCUGCGGCAGGUUUAGGUGGAGUUGAAUUUCUUCUCUACAUUAUCUCACUGUCGAUCCACGGUGUCAUGCUACACCGACACCGAAAGGCUGGUCUCAAGGCUAUGCCCAUCAACGGGGCUCCUGGUGGUACAGGAGCCGGCGUUGAACUGACGGCCGGCGGGGAGAAAUUCCAGAUGCAGCCUCAACCUGCGCAAGUCUAUCAAGAACCCAACCCUAUGGCUGGACACCCUCCGCCUCCUCAGGGGUACUAUCCGCCGCAGUCGCCGUCGCCGCUCUCCUCCCAGCCCACCGGUAGUACCUAUGUUCAACCCCAGCAGAUGGGAAACCCCGGUCAACCUGUCUACGAGGUUCCUGGUCAAGCUCAACAGUAUCACGCUGCUCAGUAGACUAGGGCACCUGGAUGAUGGGAGCAUGAAUGAAUUGUUUUCGAAUGAACUUGUACGGUAGCCAGCAGGCCAAUAUAUCGCAUUCCAUGCAAGCUAAGCAGGGCUGAUUUAGCAGAGCGAAAGCCCGGAAAAGACAAAAAACCCCUAUAUUUAGAAUCGACUAGGAAUCGACUAGGCUUAGGAAAUUUUCAAUGCGCAUCUAUAAAAUUGUACGCCGAAACGGAAAA